CGUACUCUCACGACGACAAGGGCAUAAUCUGCUACGUUCUGCUAAGUGCCUGUGCGCGCUUUCCACCAUGUCUUGCCAUACGACACCAGGAUCUCCUCGCCUGUGACGUAGUCAACAUCGUCUGAGAUCAAGUCACCGUGGACCGCGGCACCUUUCUUGAUCAUUCUCGUGCUCUCUAUUCUUAUCCUCAACUGGCCAACUCUAUCCUCCACGAAUGCGGCGUUGGCCCGUUCCUGAGCUGGUACGCCACGGUAAUCAUUCACGAAUCUUGCCUGAAAGCCGUCAAUCCCUAACAACGACCCAAUUGUAUGCGGAGACCUCAUUCCCAACACGACUCGCGUCUAUUCCGAUGCUGACAUCGUUGCUUCGGAAUAACGAAAGAUCGUAAUCAGACUCUUCGCGUUCGUCGCAAUGAACUUCGCCUGUUUCCCGUCGCUCAUUGAGAGGCAUAUGGGAGCAAGAAACGAAAGCGUGCCAAUGUAGUUGAUGAUGUGAGUGUUUGGGGGGAUCUUUCUGGCGGUUUUCUUGGUAGAGCUUGGGUGCAGGUCUACUCUCCCACGUACUUGGUCGCAAAGAGCCCAAAUUGGCCGCAAGCAGGAUGAUCGGAGUCGGAUAUUCGUUUGAUUGCCACGGGCGAAGCGCGAGCGUGCAGUGGAACCGUAGUCUUUUCUCCUUCUAUGAACUGGCGCAGUUCUCUUGAUACAUUGGAUGCGUAGAUGUAGCUCGCACUGUACUGAACAUUGCCAGGCCAGUUGUGGGGUGGCGACAUGAGAAUUAUCCAAAUCAGUGCUGUCGUUCAUUACCGCAAGCAUUGCUAUCUACUUCGCGGGGUCGCUGUCCUUGUCCCGCCUUAUCUCACCCCGAAUCCACCGUGUCUACUCUACCGUCAGUCGCAUGGGAAGAACACCCACAGUCACCUCCGUUUCUCGCGUUUAUCCGGAUGUAAACGCGAAACUCGGAUCAUCUUGGCAUGAGUACGACAACUUGCAAGUCCAAUGGGGCUCGCAGGAUCACUACGAGAUUGUGCGGAAAGUGGGGCGUGGCAAAUACAGCGAGGUCUUUGAAGGGGUGAACGUGGCCACGGAGGAGAAAUGCAUCGUUAAAGUAUUGAAACCCGUGAAGAAGAAGAAAAUAAAGCGUGAAAUUAAAAUCCUCCAAAAUCUCGCUGGGGGCCCAAACAUCGUUGCUCUAUUGGACGUUGUCCGAGAUCCCGCGUCCAAGAUCCCAAGUCUGGUUACGGAAUAUGUCCAGAACAUCGAAUUCAAAUUGCUCUAUCCUCGUUUCACGGACCUGGAUGUGCGAUACUACAUGUUGGAGCUACUAAAGGCUUUGGACUAUUGUCACUCCAAGGGGAUAAUGCACCGAGAUGUCAAACCCCACAACGUUAUGAUAGACCACGAACAUCGGAAGUUGCGCUUGAUAGAUUGGGGUCUGGCCGAAUUCUAUCAUCCCAAGACUGAAUACAACGUGCGCGUGGCAUCGCGUUAUUUCAAAGGCCCAGAAUUGCUGGUGGAUUUCCAAGAGUACGACUACAGCCUAGAUAUGUGGAGCUACGGGUGCAUGUUUGCCUCGAUGAUCUUCCGGAAGGAACCCUUCUUCCACGGGCACGACAAUUACGAUCAGCUUGUGAAAAUAACCAAGGUCCUCGGCACCGAUGAGCUUUACGCCUACAUUGACAAGUAUAACAUCCGUCUGGACCCCCAAUACGAUGAGCUACUGGGAAGGAAGCCGUGGACACGCUUCAUCACAUCGGAGAAUCAGCGAUACAUCUCGAACGAGGCGAUCGACCUGUUGGAUAAGCUGUUAAGGUACGAUCACCAGGAGCGUCUCACUGCGAAGGAGGCACAAGCUCAGCCGUAUUUCGCUGGACGACUGAGAGACUAUCUGCGGGAAGAGAAGUUGUCCGAAGCAUGGCCGAGGCCCGUUUUGGUCUUCUUGGCGAAAGAAUACUCGGGGGAUCUCAAGCGUGCAGAAUGUCCUCGCUCGCUGUUUUGUUUCUCGCCGUCUCGUCUGUGGCAUCGGCAUUCGACAAUUCCCGAUACGACAAUAUACUGGGGGCAGAAUUCUGUCGGCGCCAUCGCAGGGACGCCUUCCUCGGAGUGGCAGAAACCGAUCUCGUUCUACUGCGCGGAUGAUGCCAUCGAUGUCAUUCCUGUGGCCUUUGUGAACGGAUUUUUCUCGACGGGCGGGUUGCCGACGAUGAAUCUGGCCAACAGCUGCAAUCCGACGAACAACGCGACGUUCCCCGGCACGAGCCUCCCGGACUGCGCAGGCUUGGCGGCGGACAUCGCGGCCUGCCAGGCCGCCGGUAAGCUGGUUACUAUCUCGCUUGGCGGCGCGACGGGGGGUGUGGGCUUUGCCUCCAAUGCGCAGGGCCAGCAGUUCGCUCAGACGAUCUGGGAUCUUUUCCUCGGCGGCUCCUCGUCCACGCGUCCCUUCGGAAAUGCUGUUCUGGACGGCGUUGACCUCGACAUCGAAGCUGGAACGGGAUCGGGAUACACUGCUUUUGUGGAUGAGAUACGGUCGCUGGCGAGCGAUGCCAGCAAGAGAUACUACGUGACUGCUGCUCCCCAAUGCGUCUAUCCAGAUGGAGCACUGGGCAGUGUCCUGAAUACGGCGUCUUUUGAUGCCAUCUAUGGCAAGCAUUUGACUCUUCGAACGCCGUCUCCCGAUCUGAAGAAUCCAUCAGUGCAAUUCUACAACAAUCCCUGCGGGUUGAACACUUUCAGCAGUGCUUCGGGCUGGGAUUUCGGCCUGUGGGACGCCUGGGCUCGAACGCUCAGCCCCAACCCCAACGUCAAGGUCUACAUCGGGGCACCGGCGUCGGCUUCGGCUGCAGGGUCAGGGUACUCGGAUCUCAGCACCCUCAGCAGUAUUGCACACAGUUUCCCUUCUUUCGGCGGUGUGAUGCUUUGGGAUGCAUCUCAAGCUUAUCAGAACGGCCGAUAUGACAAGGGCAUCAAGGACGCACUCGUCUCCGCAGGAGGGACUGGUUUCACCUUUCCGUCGUGCACAGAACCGCUGUACUCGCCCACAGGCACCUAUCCCGGCGGCUCACGUGUGACCUACCAGGGGCAAGUCGUACAUCUGGCAAGCCAAGUGGUAUGCGUCCACGCUCCCGGCUGCCAGCCCCAACAGCGACUGGAGCGCAAUCAGCGCCUGCUCGGGCACAGGCGGCAGCAGUGGACCCACUUCUACGACGACGACCGCUUCGACGACGACGACGACGGCGACGACGGCGACGGCGACUUCCCCACCGACAACAACUUCAACCGCCCCAGGGUCCACUCCCACCGGCGGUAG